AUGGCGUCGGAUUCUGAAGCGAAAUUUGCCAUACACGAGGCCGCGCGUGAAGGGAAAACUUCUAUAGUGGAAUCGCUGCUGAAUUCUCCUGAUCAAUGUUCUUUCUUUCAGGCAAAUCCUAAACUGGCCUCCCUCAAAGACGAUGAUGAACGUUUACCAAUACACUGGGCCGCGGCAUAUAACCGAUUACCAAUCGUGGAAUUGCUCGUUGCCAACAGAUACUUCGACCCGGACGUCACAGAUGGCUCUGGUUGGACCCCGCUUAUGAUCGCCGCGAGCUUGAAAAACGCCGAAGGUGAUCCUAUAAUUGAUCUAUUACUACGCAAGGAUGCCGAUGUGAACAUGAAGAGUAUCUCCGGUCAGAAUGCUCUUCAUUUCGCAGCUUCAAAGGCCAAUCUUUCCACCGUCAAAACCCUCGUUGCACACAAAUGCAGAGCACGAGUUAAGGAUAAACGAGGGCAACUACCGUUACAUCGUGCUGCAGCUGUCGGGUCCACUCCCAUAUUGAAGAUCCUGCUUGAUGAAGGAAAGAGCCCUGUCAAUGCCACCGACAUCGACAGCCUGACAGCAUUGCAUCAUGCCAUCUCAGAAGGCCAUGGAGAUGCAGCAAUAUUAUUGAUGAAAGCCGGUACUGAUCUCGAAAAAAGAGACGCGGAAGGACGUCUGGCUAUCGACUUAGCGCCGGACUCAAAGGUUCGAAAAUAUAUCUUGCAGACUGCAGAACGCGAGGGCAUAGAACUUCCUUGA